UCUUCUUUAAAUUAAUGAGGUCAGGCAUUUUUGCCGCCUGCCACGUGACGUCAUCUUCGUGCGACUGUUUGUGGGCGCAACAUACUGUCAUGGCGCUGUUUCCUGCGUUUGCUCAAAGUACGAGUGUCCAAUUCGAAGAUUCGUCUAAAAAAGAAUUAGACUGGCUGAACAACAAGAGUUUUCAGACCGGAGAUGCCCUCUCUCUUCACAGUCGGUUUUUAAAGGACAAAAGUGAAGAGAGAGAAAGGAGCUCUGCGGAGGAGGAGGAGGAGGAGAGGAAGAGUGGGGAUGAGUAUGAUUCCAAAAAAAAGAAGAAAAAAAAGAGAAAAAAGAAGAAAAAGCACAAGAGGAAGAAGUCUGGGAAGUGUUCAGAGAGCAGUGGCUCUGACUCUGAAACAGUUUACCCCAGUGAUCUAAAAAAGGAACAAGAGGCCGAGAGAUCAACAGGUGCUCCACUAGCAAAUCGUUUUUCUUGGUUGGAUGAUCUCCAGUCGCCCCCGAAGAAUCCCUACUGCGUGGACCAUAAACCAGACCCUGCUAACUGGACCUACAAGUCCUUAUACAGAGGGGACGUGACAAGGUAUAAGAGGAAAGGCAGCUCAGCGUUGGGUCUGCACCCACAGAAAGAGGGCAUCAGCUGGGAGGAGUCAUCGUCCAAUAAGAAACAGAGAGGUGGAGACAAGAAGAAAGCAACAGACAGAUACUACUCUGCAGCCAGUCGUCAGUUGUUAAGGUCAGGAGCAGCUCUUCCUUUGAUACCAAAACCUCCUGACUGUGGAGAUGAUGUCGGCGACACUUCCUUCCUCCCACUGGGUGACACCGAGGGGGAGAACCUCGGAGGACACGCCGGUAACAGAAUGCUGACACUCGUAAAUCCCCUCGGUGUGUAUGACGCGUCCACCGCCCUCUGGCUGCAGGGGAAGGGACAGCAGGACGAGGUCCAUAAACUGGACGUAGACACAGAAGUGAGCAUGUCUGUGAGUGUCAGGAGAACUGAGGAGUUCAACCGGCAGCUCAGAGAACAGCCCACAGACACACAACUGUGGAUCAAAUUUAUAAGUUACCAGGAUGAGCUCAGUUUGGCAGAGUUUGGAGGAGAAGAGGAGCAGAGAGACGGUGUGUCAGCUGAACGCCGCAGGUCGUACCACCGAGGCGUGCUGGAGAAAAAACUGAGCAUCGCAGAGCGUGCUGUAGAAACCAACCCUGGCUGCAUAGCACUGCAGCUGGAGAGGCUCAGGAUCUGCCAGGAGCUGUGGGAGCCCUCGCUCCUCGUUAAAGAAUGGAAGAAACUGGUGUUCGUUCAUCCAAACAGCGCACCCUUGUGGAGGGAAUACCUGCUUUUCAACCAGAGCUACUUCAGCAGCUUCACCGUGUCCAAAGUCAACGCUGCUUAUGGAAAGUGUUUGAGCACCCUGAGCUCGGUGCAGGACGGCAGCAUGGUCUCUCAUCCGCCUCUGCCAGGGACUGAGAGCCAUAUGUUGGACAUCUUCAUCCAGCAGUGUCACUUCCUGCGGCAGGCGGGUCACUCAGAGAAGGCGGUCUCUCUUUUCCAGGCCAUGAUCGACUUCACGUUCUUCAAACCUGACAACGUUCGAAAACUGACGACGAAGCAGCAGGUGGAGUUCUUUGAGCCGUUCUGGGACAGUGGGGAGGCCAGGGUCGGGGAGUCAGGAGCCAGAGGCUGGAAGGCCUGGAUGCUGCAGCAGGAGCGGGGCGGGUGGAUACAGCCCGGUGCAGAGGAGGAUGAAGAGGAGGAGGAGGAGGAGGUGGAGGAGGUGAAGGAUCCCAGUCAGCCCAGAGCUGAAGUCUGGCUGGACGUGGAGUCGUCUCGUGAAGCGGCUCACUGGUUGCCAUGGAGACCAGACAAAGCCAAAGGUCAAUCAGAAGAGGACUGUGAGGACCCAGACAGACAGGUGUUGUUCGAUGACAUUGGACCGUCACUAAUCUGUCUGUCGUCACCUGACCUUCAACUCAGGCUUCUCCUCCAUUUCCUGUCCUUCCUGGGUCUGCCUGUUGACCCGGUGCUCUGUGCUGCCCCCUGUCAGUCUGGACUCCUGCUGGAGAACCUGUCGUUCCUCACUCAGGGGAACGAUCAGCAGCGUCCACUGACGUCACAUGACCUCACUGACUCUGGGGUCAGCUCUCUCGGUCACAUGACAACCCUUCAGAUAACGAGAAGACGUGUUGGUCUGGGGAAGCAGGGAGAGAAGUUUCUGACCAGUGUGUUCAGUAUGGUGCGACCCGUCCUUCCUCCUCACCACCGGGCGGUGCUGUGUCUCAGCUGGAUGCAGUACGAGAAACUUAAGGUCUUGCACCAUUUGCGCAGUGGAAACAAGAAGCGUCUUCGUUCUCAAGGAAAGAAAAGCAAACGUGUUUCCAAGGGACUUCUUAAAGAACCAGAAAACCGCUCAUCGCUGGUGCUUUGGCGAGAGUAUGCUCACCUGGAGUGGUUGCUGGGAAACACGGACGAAGCCCGCAAAGUGUUGGCCACGGCCGUGGGGACUGAGGGGACCAGAGGUUUGAGCUGCCCCUCCCUGUGUGACCUCUGUCUCCUGUGGUCCCAGCUGGAGCUGGAGGACAAAGGGCUUCCAGCUGAAGCGACCGCCUCCCCCUCCGUCAUGGUGCUGACUCAGCUAGCAGAAGCCUCCGGCGUCGCUCAUCCUUCGUCCUCCCAGUGCCUGUCUCCAGUAUCGGUACUGAAAGCCAGGAAGUCGUACGAGCAGGCGUUGUUAGCCCGCUUGUCGGCUGUGGAGCUAGCCCCCGCCAACAGAAAAGGUGAGGAGGACUGGUCAGGGGAGCAGCUGAGGCUCAGUGGUUUGGUUGGCUGCUACGCUCUGUUCCAGUUCCUCACAGUUGGUGUUGAAGCAGCAAACGUGGUCUACAGCCAGGCCAGAGAGAGGAUGGAGGCGCUGCAUCACAAGACGAACCGUCCGUCUGACCCCGGGCUCACUGACACGCCGCUGGUCAACAGACUGGCUGCCGAGAGUCGAACCUUAGCUGUACAGCAGGCAGCUCUGCUCAGGUACCACAGCAGCACCGCUGUGUUUCCUUUGGCCACACUCAGGCAAACGCUGACCUCUGCCCUUUCAACCUGGCCCAACUGUGCCCCCCUGUGGACAAUAUAUAUACAGGUGGAAAACCGUUACCACAGUGCUGGACGCGCUCGCCGCUUCUUUCACUCUGUGUCCAGGGGUAACGACAGCACGGUGCCACGCCUCUUCGCCAUUGUGACUGAACAACAGAGGAAGCAGCUGGUGGACGCUGCUCAGAGGUCUCACUGUGGUCAUGAAGGUCUGCCUGUCCUGCCAGAGAACGGCCUCGGUCAUCGCAUCUGUGGACUGUUUGAGAACGCCAUAGCGACGGCCACAGGCGCUCACUGUCCUCUGCUGUGGAGGAUGUAUAUGCACUACCUGUUUUCAGAAGGAAAAGUGGAGAAGGCCACAGGGAUCUUCUACAAAGCUCUACAGAACAUUCCUUGGGUGAAGGGUUUGUACAUGGAUGCUGUGAAACUCUUCCCUGAACAUCUGCAGCAGUUCAUCGACGUGAUGACAGAGAAGGAGCUGCGUCUCAGACUGCCUUUAGAAGAACUGGAGAUUCUUCUGGAAGACUGAACACACCCUCACCCUCACCCUCACACUCACACUCACACACACACACACUCCUGCCCAGACGGAGCGUUCUUCAAAUACCCAUCAUUUUAUGUACAUAGAUUCUAACAUUAAAAAACAUGGUUUUUG